AUUCCUGUUGUUAGGAAAUCAUUCCACUGAGCGUGUCUUAACUGUCAGCAUCGAACGAAUAAAACAUUAAACGUGCAAAAUGAAAUAUACGGUCUUCUCUGUGCUCGCUUGUGUUGUAGCAAUUGAGGCUAAGCCAAAACCCUAUGUUGGAUACGGAAACGGUAUGAUCGAUCUCGGUCCAGCUGGCGCUAGAAUGGGAGGUCUUAGGUUAGGUAAUCGUCUCACCAAUCCACUAGCAAUGGAUGAAUUAGGAUACGGCACUAGCGGGUCUGAAUUUAGUCGAGGCAGCGGUUUUGGAGAUAGCGGUUUCAGUUCUGGUGCCAGCGGUUUGGACAGCAGAGGAUUCCACAAUGGCGGAAGGAGAAACUUCCAUGAUAUUGGACAGCAUCACAGCAGCCGUACCUCGAUCAAUCACGCCGAGAACACAGACAAUCAUGACAUCGGCGGCAGUGAAUUCUUUGACACUGGAGCCCAAUCCGGUACUGGCUUCAACCAAUACGGCAACGGUUUCAACAAAUACGGCAACGAUUACGGAAGCGGACGGCAAAUGACGUCAUUCCUCUAAAAAUUUACCAGUGUCUAUGUAUUAUAAUGAAUAAAUACUUGAAAAAGUUA